AUUUUAUACAAGACUGGCAAUUUUAUUUUGAAAGACGACGGAAGGUGGAGUCGCAUGUUUGUGACGUCAAAGACACGUGCCGGUCGCACAUGAGGGAAUCAAAACAGACUCACCAACAGGGAACAUGGGGAAGAACAAACAAAAGGGGAAAAAAACGAAAACCGUCUUCCAAGUGGCCAACAGGCCGAUGAAGAUGAAGCACAAAGCCAAGGCGGUCACCACCGCCCUCAAACACAUCAACGCUGGGAAACGGGAGAAGGUGGAGAGUCUGAAUCAAAUGUUCUCUGAAGUUCAGAGGGAUCUGAAGAGCGUCUCCAAGACGACCGAACCCCCGAAGAAGACGCAGAUGAUCAAAGAGCCGCCCAAAGAACCAGUAAAUGUUGACAACGCAGCUCAGCUGUUUUCCCAGCUUUGAUGGACCAAAAGCACCAAAGAACGUUUCUGUCAUGUGUGGUUAAAAAAGCAGCAGAAGGACAUUUGAACGCUCACUGUUAGAUGGUUUAUUCAUGAAAACUGUCAAACGAUUUAUGAUUUAAUUUAAAAAAUCCUCAUAAAAUCAUCAAACAUCAAAGAUUUAUUUUUUAUUUUGCUUCUCAUCAAACCUCCUUUGGAUGCUAAUUAUUGAUGCAACAAACGAUGAAGAUUUCUGAGAAGUUUGUUUCAUGAAUGUGUUCCUAUCACACAAAUUACAUAAUAAAAAUAUAUUAAAGAUAAUGAAAAAUCA